ACGGGCGCAAGAACACUGAAGAGAGCAGCACUUCCAUCCUAACAAAGUGAAGCCUUUCAACAAUGAGGCCUCACGCGGUCAUCAUCCCUUACACUGGUUCAGGCCACAUAAACCCCAUGCUGAAGCUAGCCAAGCUGCUUCAUUCCAAAGGCUGCUACGUCACCUUCAUCAACACUGAGUUCAGCCGCGAGCGCAUUCUGAGGAAUGAAGGGCCCAACGCUCUCAAGGGAUCCGAUGAAGGCUUCCGAUUCGAAACCAUACCUGGUAGUCUCUCACCUUCUGACCAGGAAAACCCACAGCAAGUCCUCAAACUGUGCCCCUCAACCCAGAAGAGCUGUGCUGCUGCUCUUGAAGAGCUGCUUGUGAAGCUUAACGACUCAUCGGAUGUGCCCCCAGUCACUUGCAUUAUACUCAAUGGACUCAUGAUCUUUUCUCUGGACGUGGCUGAGAAAUUGGGCGUCCCUGCGCUGGUGUUCUGCACAACGAGCGCUUGUGGUUUCAUGGGCACCAUUCACUUGGGAGAGCUCAUUAAAAGAGGAUAUACGCCACUCGAAGAUGAGCGUUGCUUGACAAACGGCUACCUCGACACGGUAAUAGAUUGGAUCCCCGGGAUGAAAGAUAUUCGUCUGAGAGACCUGACUAGUUUCCUUAGAACAACCGAUCCUGAUGAUUCUCUCCUCAAGACCGAGAUGGAGGAGACAAAUAACACAUUCAGAGCUUGGGGUCUCAUCCUCAACACAUUCGAUCGCAUGGAGUGCAAUGUCUUGGAUGCUUUGAAACGUAUGUUCCCUCGGAUGUACACCGUAGGGCCUUUGUCAGCACUACUCAAUCAGACGACCGAAAACCAAUGGAAUUCAGUGCGCUUAAGCCUUUGGGAAGAAAAUCAUGGCUGCCUCCAGUGGUUGGACACUCAGAGAGCUGCUUCCGUCGUCUACGUGAACUUCGGAAGCCUCACGACCAUGACGGUCGAGCAGCUGAUGGAGUUUGCAUGGGGAGUUGCGGAUAGCAAUCAUCCCUUCAUGUGCAUCAUCAGACCUGAUCUUGUUGCUGGUGGACUUGAGGCACUGCCGAAGGAAUUCAUCAUAAAAACCGAGGACAGGAGCUUCCUCACUAGUUGGUGUCCGCAAGAAGAAGUGCUCUCUCAUCCUGCUAUUGGUUGCUUUCUGACGCAUAGCGGUUGGAAUUCGACCAUGGAGAGUGUGUGUGGUGGUGUACCAAUGAUAUGCUGGCCAAACUUCGCAGACCAAUACACUAAUUGCAGAUAUGCUGACAAGGAGUGGGAAAUAGGCGUGGAGAUUGACCAAGAAGUGAAGCGGGAGCAAGUUAUGGGUACGGUGAGGGAAGUAAUGGAAGGAGAGAGAGGUAAGGAGAUGAGGAAGAAUGCCAUGAAAUGGAAAGAGAGGGCAGAGCAAGCUACUAGACAAGGUGGAUCUUCUUAUGAAAACAUGGAAAGAUUAGCCAAGGACCUGAACCAGUUCAUGAUCAUGAGGACUGGAUAGUUUAGUUAUAUUGGUGCAAUGGUGCAUUGUGAGAGGGGAAUAAUGCAACUUGGUAACCUAUGCACCAAGCUUUUGUGGUUGUGUGUGCUCUUCUAAAGUUCAGCAAUCAAGUAUCUUAUCUGCUCAUUCUAAUA